GAAGCCGGAAAGAGGGGGAAAAGCUCUAUUUGCGCAUGUGCCUGCGAAGUCCCCGGAAGCGGAAGUGGUAAAGGGAGCCGGGCGGAAGGAAGAAGAUGGCAGGUCUUGUGGCUGCGGUGCCGCGGAGGUUGGGGUGGCUCUGUUGGGGCCUGGCGCCCAGCGCAGGAGCCUUGUGGCAGAGGCGGCGCUGCUCGCGACGGGAGCCCGUGACUCGCACAGAGGAUCUGCUGAUACAAAUGGAAAAUCCAUAUAAAGAACCUCCUAAGAAAUGUGUCUUGUGUGGCAUACAUGUAAACUACAAAAAUGUACAGCUUCUGUCCCAGUUUGUUUCUCCAUAUACUGGUUGCAUACAUGGAAGACACAUAACUGGGUUAUGUGACAAGAAACAGAAAGAGAUUUCAAAAGGUAUUAAAAGAGCACAAGCACUUGGGUUUAUGCCGGUUGUAUACAAGGACCCAUCAUUUCGCAAUGACCCAAAGCUUUGCAAUAUCAAGUAUCCAGAAUAAGUUAGCUAAAGUCUCCAUAAAUCAACAAUAAAAUUAUUUUAUAAUUCA